AUGAGACGAGGGUGUGCCACUCACAGAUCUACUCGUCGUUCAACUCUCCAGGCUGCUCGCGCACUCCAUGUGCACCGACAUCCCAUGAUUACUCGAAGCAGGACCCUUCGAAUCUCGGGAAACGACAACUUGAACUUCACGCCUGUAGCUGCCGUGAACUCUGCAGUCGCUUCUGAUGCCACUGUCGCUACUCCUGUCCCCUCGGAUGGCAUUCUGAAUGUCACACCUCUCCCAUCAGCUUCCGUCGUCAUCAAUGCCACUGUCGUGGACUCUGCGAUCACCACCGUCGCUGACCCUGCUCCCUUGGAUGUUAUGUCUGAUGAUGACUGUGAUAACACGUUUUAUGAAGAAGUACGAGCGUACCUGGAUUAUUCAUCGGACAUACUGAACGCACAAGCUGAAGAAGUUCAGUUGCUUCGUCGGGAAGUUGUAUCAAUUCGCGAAGAAAAGGCUGCUCUGAAACAGCAAUACAAAUUGGACACAGAUGCCAGAGAAGAGGCGUACCGUUGCUCGAUCUGCUUGGAUUUGGCCUGGGACCCAUAUGUGUGA